AUGAUUAUCCAGUCCUGUAAUGGCCUCUUCUUAUGCCGUCCCAUCAAAACUAGUGACACUACACUUUAUGUUCUCAAUCCCACAACCAAACAGUUCUCCAGACAUGCUAUUCCGGCUGCUGCUGCUACUGCUGCUGCUGCUGCUGCUGCUUCGUCUGGUCAACCAUGUGUUCUCGUCGGUUACGCUUUGGCUUUCAACCCUUCCAAAUCACCUCAUUACAAGUUGCUCUUCCUUCAAGAGGGUAACCAUAUCCUUAACUACCACAUACAUAUAUAUUCAUCUGAGACACGAAGUUGGAGACUUCUCAGUUCUUGCUUUGUAAGGCUACCUCUCGUCAACUACGACCAAGCGGUAUACUGCAAUGGCGCAGUUCAUUGGGUAGGGUUGGAUAAUGAGAUCUCGUACUAUCACAUAGAUGAUGAGCGUGUUAGAAAUGUUUUUUAUCCUCCUCCUCCUCCCAAGAAACGCGAGUCGAGAAUGUUUAGAUAUUUUCAGGAGUCUCAUUGUGGCAGCCAUUUGCAUCUUAUUGAUAUCUAUGUAUCUCAUUUGACUCGAUUCGAGGUGUUGGAGAUGGGGAGAGACUAUUCUGGUUGGUCCCUCAAGUACCAUGUUGAACUUGAUCCCCAGUUGACUGGCUUCCCGUGGCUCAGGUGGUGUCAAUUUACUGUUCUCUUUCUUGUUCCGGAGGAAGCUGGAGAGUUAAGUUCCUCUCUGUUGCUGCAUAGUCCCGGCAAAGUGAUCUCUUAUAAUUUCAAGAGUAACAUCUUCAAAUCCUUUGAGCUAACUUCCAGUCACGGUGUUGAUGAUUCCACACGACGAGUUUAUAACCGGAGUCAUCGAUAUAUGGCGACUUUGGCUUGUGUGUGA